AUUCAUUAAUAUGGCGAAGUACGAGUAGGGCGUUAUGAUUUUUGUUAAAAGAAGAAAACCGGCAGAACUGUUAGUUACACGUACCCGGCUACUGAGACACCAACAGAGAGAAUCAAACGCAAACUCAACUUCAACACUGUCAAUUGAGCCCCUUGAAGUGCAGGAUAGCAAUAGACCUAGAUCUAGGAGCUUGCAAUAGACUCAACCAACAGGUCUACAACGACUAAAUCUAAGAACUGGACCCGCGAUAGCAGGUGCCGUCAAGACUUAGGGCAGGGGAUACUACUAUUCUAAUCGACCACUGUGACUGUGGGCUGUGGGAAAGAUUUGCACGUCAAGACCAAGUUGAGCAGGUUUGAUGAUGGCUAACAAGGCUCGUGUUUGGGUGCUGGCAAAGCCCUUUGAAGGGGACAUUGUCCAUGACAACUUCAAGCUGGUGGAGGAGGAACUGCCGCCAGUUAAAGAUGGGGAAAUUUCCAUUGAAGCUUUGUAUUUGACAGUGGACCCCUACCAGAGGGUGUUCCCAGUUGAGGUGGGACAGACACCAGUAGGACAGCAAGUAGCAAGAGUGGUAGAGAGCAGACACAGUGACUACCCUGUGGGGAAACUUCUCCUGGCCCAAGUAGGCUGCAGGGACAAGACCGUUCUUGACCCCACGGAGAAGAAUCGAUACUUCAUUCAUCCGUUCACACCACCCAAAACUGUCUACAACCUACAGGAGCUGGGAGAUGUCUCACCCUCUCUCUACCUGGGUGUUUUUGGCAUGCCUGGACUGACAGGUUAUUUUGGUGUUCUCGACAAAUGUCAGCCCAAGCCAGGGGAAGUUGUGUUGGUCAGCACGGCCGCUGGAGCUGUGGGCAGUGUGGUGGGACAGAUUGCCAAGAUCAAGGGUGCGACAGUCAUUGGAUCCGCUGGCUCCAAAGAGAAAUGUGAUUGGCUGAAGGAGGUCGGUUUUGACCACGUUUUCAACUAUAAGGAAACCUCGGUGGAGGAUGCUCUGAAAGAGUUUGCUCCAGAUGGAGUUGACUGCUAUUUUGAUAAUGUAGGAGGCGACUACGCCAUCACUGUUCUCAACAACAUGAGACAGAACGGUCGCUUCUGUGCUUGUGGACAAAUAUCACAGUAUAGUCUCAAAGAGAAGAAGCCAGUCCAAGACAUUCUAAACGUCAUCAUGCUGCGGGAGCUGGUGGUGACGGGUCACAUGGUGUACCCAAAUCUGGACAGAUUUGAUUCUGCCAGACAGGAGAUGGCACAGUGGAUCAAAGAGGGAAAAUUGAAGUACAAAGAAACGAUCAGGGAGGACUUCCUGAAACUUCCCGAUGCCAUGAUGGAGAUAUUUCAAGGGACAGCAAUUGGCAAACUGCUUGUUAAAGCUUAGAUGUUGGCCAAAGAUAGAUCAGUACAAGAUAGUUCACUCUUUGGUAAAAGCAUCUUCGAAAAAAAUUGAUGGACAAUUUUUAGAGUUUUAUGUAUUUUUGUGCUGUGAAUCAGCAGGAGUGUAACGAAGCCAGUGUCCGGAGAGAAAAUGUAUACCUCAAUUUAUUAAUUAUUGUUUCUGUAGUCUACUGGUUUUUGGGGGUUUUUAAAAAGAAAAACAACCAAUUUGAUGCUUAUGAUAAAAGUUCAUUCUAUUUAUAUGUUGUUGCUUCUUCAUUAUCCACCUGAAUCAGCGUCUGUGGUGUAGCGUUUUGAGGCGUUUCAUGCUGAAAAUAUUUCCUAUAUAUAUAUAU